AUGUCUACAGCCGGGUCUGUGUCCAACGACUCGAAGUCGGCAAGAAAGCGUAAGGCAAAGGACGGAAGUGCUCCUCCAGGAAGUGGUGCAGCCACUCCAUCUGUCGAAGCACCUGCGCCAGAUAUGUCGAGCACGACUAAUGGCGUCGAUCCUCACGGUCAAAGUCAAUACAUCAAGGAUCUGUCAAGAAACAUCCGCAAUCUUCACAAAAAACUCGCUGCCUCCGCGAAGGCCGAUGCUGUCAUCAGCGAAAACCCCAAUGUCCCCCUCGACGAUCUGGUUGCAGCAAAGAAACUCAAUGCAGAUCAGAAGGCCCAGAUACUCAAGAAACCUGGUCUCCAAGCCCAGCUCGCCCAGCUUGAAGAACAGCUUACUUCGUUCCGCGCCUUCGCUCAAGAGGUAGAGGAGCGGUUUGCCCGAGAGAAGUCAAUUCUGAUCGAGGAACACGAGGCAGAGAUCGCAACAAUAAAAGAGACCGCAGUUCGAGAGGCGGAGGGAAUCAAGGCUAAGGCUGUAGAGGACGGACUGCGUGUUGUCACCCACUUCUUACACGCUGCGGCUUCGAAACGCCAGUCGGAAGACGCUGACUCUGACGAAGGACGCGCCUUCGAGGGUGCUCUAUUACUGGUUUAUCAGGGCAACGAUGCGUCUCUCACCUCACUCAAGAACCUGGUCUAUGGUACGGACGACAAAGUCCCGGAUGUCAACGGCGAGUCUUUGGAGGUCACCUAUGCACAAGUGAAGCAGUCCGCUUUGCAAGGAGCGCGAGAUGUGUCCUCGAUCACAGAACAUGAAGUGGAGCAGGCAGGGGCAGCCCAGCCUGAACCCAUUGCGGCUGAAGUGCAGACUGAUCCCACCGUGGCGAGUGCAGGUCUGACUGAACUGGACAACACCACUGCCAUCCAGACCCCGGUGACUACCAAUUCUACUGCUCCAACCGACGCUAUCCCAAUCCCCGAGCAAGCAUCCAUUGGUGCAGAUGCUGCGAAUGCAGUAGCUGAGGCUUCCUGGGAUCCUCAGGCAUCCGUUGUGACCGACACAAGCGCAACCAACGAGGAAUGGGUGCAAGUUCCUCGGGACCCUACUGAGACCGACACCGGUAUCGCCGCCACGCCUGCCGCUUUUCAUGGUUCGAGUAGUUGGGCGGAGGAAGCUGGCGCUGCGGCAGAGGAGAAGCCUGUUGUUGAAAACGAUGGAUUCGAACAAGUGCGCCGUGAACGUGGUCGUGGACGAGGUGGUCGAGGCGGUCGUGGAGACUCCCGCGGUCGUGGUCGUGGCAAUCGUGGGGAUGGACACCGCGGUGGUCGAGGAGGCGGUCCGAGAGGUCGAGGUGGUCCCAGAGCUGACAAGAGCUAG